AUUGCACAAACAGCAUCAAUUUUCAUCUGAUUUGCAUAUAAAUUGAUUGAAAAUGCAUUUAGAGUCACACAUCCUACAACUGUGGUGGAGACAACCAAACGCAAAAUGAUUCAUAAAAUCGCCAUCCUGUCCGGAUUAGUGCUGUCAGCUACCUGCAUGGUACUCCACCAGCCGCAACAGUUACUCCUUGGUCUCCAAUACCAUGACGAACCUAACUACAACUUCGCUUAUGAGGUGAACGAUGCCCACACCGGAGACAUCAAGAGCCAGCACGAAAGCCGAAGAGGGGAGACCGUUCUUGGACAGUACUCUUUACUCCAACCCGAUGGCGUCCGCAGAACUGUCGACUACAGAUCAGAUGACCACACCGGAUUCCAAGCUACUGUCAACAAUAAUGGAAGACCCGUCAACCAGUACGCGCAGAAUGGGAACAAUGACGUCACUCGUCACCCCAAUUUGGGAGCUCCAUCAUACCAAGGCUGGCCCACUCCAAGCGUUCCCCAUCCUACUCAAGCAGCUGCCCCUAUUGCUAUCUCCAGAUCUUCAUUUACCCAAACAUUUUCCCAUGGAUCCUCUUCCCAUAACCCUUGGGCUUAAAUUCCGAUCAAAUUUCCUCGACAUGGCUUCUUAAACGGACUCCGAUGUUUGCAUUUAUAUUUCAAGUAGUAUAUUUCUAUGAAUAUCUAUGAGUGACUAACUGAUAACGUACGUAAUAGCCGACCGGAUCCAGUUCACCUUGUUGCCUUGUGGUCAGUAUUCAAAAGGAAAUUGGCUUAGUAGUUCUACGACCGGAAUUUUAAUGCCGACAAAUACUCUUUAUUGUAUAGUACAUAUUAUGUAUCCUGUAAUGUUAAUAUGUGUAUAUUUUAUCGAAUAAAAAAUCUGCAUACUCA